UAUACUGUCAUUUGUUGAUAUCGCUUAAAUUUAUUCAGUAUUAUAUCCGGUAAAUCUUUUGAAGAUUACUAAAAUUUCUUUACUGGUGUGUCUGAAUCAUGAAAGGACCAUGAAAGGAUAUCCAAUUAUAUUAACCUGUCAUCCACUUUUUGUAAUAAUUGUAAAACUUUUGUUGAUAUAAAUUUAUAUUUGAGAACGGUAAGCAUUUACUGUAAGAUAAAAGUGCGCGUCUACAUCAGAAAUGAUUAAUAUAUGAAUGACAGUUGUGAAAUAUUUAUUAAACUGUAGGACUAGGAGUACCAAAAUCUGCAAUUGGGCAUCGCUUUGAAGAAGAAUGGCAGAUGCACAAAAAAGUUCGGGCUCUAUAAAUUGGGUGAAAUGUGCUCUCGGGUUCCGAUAUCUGAAAAAUGGAUUGGAAGGAUGUUGUGAAGAAAUUGCCACAAAGCAACAUAAAGAAAUACUAAAUGAUAUAAAACAAAACAAGAAGUUACUUAAAUUGGUUUGUGGGCAGUGUAGUAUUGAUACAUUGAAGCCCGAUCAUGUUCAAAACAUGUCGAAACAUUGCCCCCUUGGACAAAUACAGUGCAACUGCCAAAGCCCUAGGGGGAAGGUCUCUUGCAGAAACAAGAUAUGUGGCGCCAUAUAUGAUAAAAUCAUUACCCAUCAUGCUUCCGUUCCUCCAUCACCGAAUUGGAAAAAUACCAACUCUCAUAGUUGGUGCACCAGUGCAUGGGAAAUUGCUAAAUGUUUUAUCCCCGAGGAUGGCUACAAGCAGACGAAAUCAGCAUUUGAUACUGACUGCGCUGGGUUACUGUCGAUAAUCAUAAACGACCUAGACUUUGGAGGCUGUAUGCUGCAGACGGAUUCACUUACUCAGCUAAAGCGGGCUAGAAAUGAGCUGAUCUAUUCAGCACCACAUGAACUUGAUGAAAAGGAUAACAACAAAUACCUUGACAUUAUGAUAGCAGUACUUAAAGAUGUUCCAAAACUCAACACUCGAAUGGAGUCAAAAGCGGCUAUGAGAAGAAUUAAAAAAUUGAGAUCAGGGAGAUACUGCUAUGAUUCAGAGGAUGAAAUCGAUGUUCUAGAGGACAGUUGUGAAAGUAUUAAGAACGAACUACUUCGCAGGGUAGGGGAUAUACUUCAGGUCCAGUUGAAAGCAAUGGACAACCUUAAAGCGUUUAGAUUGAGCGAUAUGAGUAGGCGUGAAAUAACUCAAGCUACGCAGUACCUUAAAGACAUUUGGAGUAAAGCUGAAAUAUCGAAAAGGCAGAAACCGUCAGUGGAGGUGUUCAAGGACAUAACACAUUUGGCUUUACGACCACCACCGGAUCAGUUACGACAAAGAGACCAGUUGACUGGUUUUCAACACAAAACAUUAGCCUCAUUCCAAAGUAUGAUACAGCAAAAAUACUCCGAAUCUGUAGAAAAAGUUCGUAUGACGAAACAAGAGCUUGAUGAGAGUACCAGUCAGAUUGCGGCACUUUGCGAUCUCGAAGGACUGUUUCAAUCCUGUAUGGAAAGACUUAGAUUUUUGAAGCAAAUUGGAGGUAACAGGAAAACAUACAAGCAUGUCAUUGAUAUGAAUACUUCAUUAUCUAUGCCAAGCACUUCAUCGGCUUCAGAACCGUGCGCAAAUGUGAAACAAUUCCUGGUUAAAGACAACUGUUUUCCAAGAUAUGAAUACGCCAUGGAAAAUAUAAUAGAUAUUCUGAAGCGAUACAAAACAGUUUUCAGCUUAAAGAAUGACGUAGAGCCGGUAUCCAGAUGCAUUGCCAUUUACUUUUGUAAAGCAAACAAUGAGAUAGAUUUUCCAUGUAAUAUUAAUGACAUAGUUCCUGAGCAUAGCAACAAGGAAAUAUGCCAUGAAAGAGAAUUCAGUUACUUUAGUGAUUGCCUAGGAAAGAGAGACAAGUCGAUGUUUUCCUUGUUUCUAGUAUCUGGUAACAUGGAAGAGUUAUGGGAAUCCGAAAGUCACCAAGAAGCCAUUGAUUUGAUUUGUGCUCGUUCCGAAAGGGAGGCCCGGGCAAUUUCAAAACGCCAGAGUGUACGUUCACGAGAAAAUGUUCUGAUCAUACGGAAGGAAACUGCACGGCAACAAAUAGAAAAAUAUUUAGAAAAGGGUAUAUUUCAAUGUCUCAACCCUGUUUGCGAAGCUUUGUUAAAUAGCAUAGAAUGUGCUAGAAGAAAUGAAAAUAUUGUUGAUAACAGUACCUUUGCGACGAAGAUAAAGUCACCGGUGAAACCUGGUUCAAAGAAACGUAAAGGAAAGUGCAGAAAAUUCGAAAUCACCGGCAACGAAGAAAAGUCAAAGAAAAUGAAAAUAUCGGAAGGAAAGAAGACAACGGAAAAGACUAAAGAUAGACACGGAAACAGAGAUCAUGCAAUUAUGACACAGACAGCAGAUUUAAAUAGAAGUGCUGAAGGCAGAAAGAAGUCGGCGUCAGAAAAGAACCCAUUUUCAAAGCAUAAUACAGCAAAAAAGUUCACCAUAUCAUUUCAAGGUGAAGGUGAAGGGCCCCAACAACUUUCAAAUUUAUUGGAAGUAAACGAGGAAGUACUUCGUUCAGUCAAUGAACAGACAAAGGAAUGUCUUCUUGAAGAACUGAUUGGUUUAUUCAAUAUGAGCGAUGUUAGUGUACAGGAAAUGCUGAAUAUUCAACAACAUAGUCAAAAGAUGGAUUUAGAAACGCUUAGCAAAGACUUGUUUGCACAAUGCCCAGCUGUAACUGGAGUAGGAUACCGGAUGCGGAAACUUCAAAUUGCUGUUAAAGAUAUUCAGAACUUUGACAAGGCCGAGAAGAGUACAGAAAUUUGUCAAAUUCUGAAACAACAUAAUGUCAAGGAUUACGAAAUAGUAACCAUGUCACUAAAGACAUAUUUGACACCAGGGGAUGAAAUAUGUGUUGCUCAGAAUCGAGGGAGUUUCGGCUGCUUCGCAAAAAUGCAAGAUAGGGAAGAAAGAGGUGAAACUGCUUGUGGACUUCUGUCCAAACAUGUUGCCACUACAGAUCAGGAAAGAAGUGAGAUAUUAGCAAAAAAUGAUGGUCAGUUUAAGAGAAUUGGACAUAUUUUACAAGAAACCAUUACCGACGGAGGUCUCGAUAUCGCAGCAGCAACACUUUCUAUCCCUAUAGGGGAAUGUGAAACAAGAUUUAAAUCGCUAAGAGGUAGACCGCAGGAGACAGGAAGGGGUAGAUUGUUUGAAACGGAGAGAUUAAGAGGAAAUAAGGUACAUAUGUGGGGAGCUGUUUCUAAGCCAGGCAAAGGUAUUAUAACAGUUCCAGAUUAUAUUUGUAAAGGGAUGGACCAUACUCUUAUUCAAGUAGAAGAUAUCGUUGACGGAGAACAAAACGUGGUAGAUAGGUUUGCACAACCGGGUGACAGCGGGGCCGUUACAUGUGCAGAUGAUCCAGGGCAGAGAGUUGUACACCCUGUUUCAAUGAAUAUCGGAUGCAUGAACUAUAAGGAAGUAGAAGAAGACAACAAAAACGAAGUAAAAACUAAGAGGGGCAAGUAUCUAACAGUGCCGUUACAGAGUGGUCUUGAGCAGCUUAGCCAAAGAACAGGAAAGAACUUUGAUUUGUUUUGAGGUUUUCCACUUUUUAUUUCAUUUAUUAUUAUUAUUAUUUUUUUUUUAUCAUCAUUUAUCGACCAGUUCGAGUUUUUCAUAAUCUGACAAGUUUACAUUUCUCUCAACAGUUUCAUAUCCGAUUCAUAUAUGAUUUGCAAAAUGGUUAAAGGUGAUAUAAUAACUAUAUCUAUUCUCUAUCCCUCUUAUUCCGUUACCGUCAUUGCAUAAAUUAUCACCAAAGAAAGCGUUGUCGGUAAAAAGCUUCACGGAUUUGAAGAAACAGCGUUAUAUCUACAAAUAUACAAAUCGGUAAUCAGUCGUUUUUUUUUUCAGAAAGUGUGUAAAACAUUAUUAAUAUGGUUUACUUGCUGUGAAGAUAUAAACCGUCUAAAAUAUGUAAAAAUAAAGACCCUUGAUGUGACUGUUUUCUGCUCCUUUAACAUACCAUUGAUUUGAAAUUUAGGACACAUAUAGUAACUAUGUCCUCCAAAAGUGUGGGGAGACAUAUUGAUUCAGUGGUGUCCGUCUAUCUGUCACAAAUAUUUUUCCACGCGACUCAUACGACGCCAGAGGACGAAUUUACACUAAGCUUUACAAUUAGUUUGAUUAUUGCCGAGCAUAAUUGUUCAUAUUGUCAGAAUUUUCCAGUUAUGGCCCUUGAUUGUGUAAUUUUAUCACAUUUUUUCCACAUUUCUUUUAUCAUGUCCACCAUACCUUACAAGAGUAAUCAGUUCCAAGUCUCAAUGAGCAAAUUGUUUGCAUUUCCCGACUCAGAAGAUUUAUGAUUCAUCAAAUUUUAGGAUUGGUUUUGCCACUUGCAUCAUUUGUUUUUGACGGAUUUCCACUAAAACUUACAUGACUGAUCAGUACCAAACCUUCUUCUGCAAAUUGUCGGUACAUUUCGUUUGUAAUAUUCGACCUUGUUCGGACAACUGCUCUAUUAUCACAAGGAGGAAUAACAUUUAAUUUCACAAAGUGGUUAUUGCUAAUUCUAGUUGUAUAUAUUAUGGGCGUGUUCUGGUUUUUCAGCAAAGUUAUGGUCCUUGCUUUGUCAAAUUUUAUUAUGUUUAGCCACUUUUAUUGUAUAAUAAAGCAGGUUUUAAAAUCUUUUCAAACAUUACUGGAGCAAUCUAUACUUACUCUGCAUAUAAUUGGCAUUUUCAGUUCAGUGAUUAUCAGCAAAAUUAUAGCCUUUUACUAGUGCCCUACUGGUUGAAACCCAGUUUCGGGGACUAUAGGAUUGCGCUUUUCUGUUCGUCAUUCCGUCCGUCCGCAAUUUCGUCCGGUCCAUAAUUCUGUUAUCCAUCAAGGAAUUUUGAUAUUACUCUGCACAAGUGUCCGAUGUAUCAUGCGCAAAACUAGGACCCCUAGUGCAAAGGUCAAGGUUAUACUUGGAGGUCAAAGGUCAAAAGGGCUUUUUACCUUUCCGAUCAGUAACUAGCCGUCCUUGAAGAGGUUUUAAUAUCACUAAGCACAAAUGUACCCCAUGAUUAGUCGAUGUGUUAUGCAUAAAUUCUGAUCCCUACAUCAAAGGUCAAUGUCUCACGUGGCAGUCUUAUGUUAACAUAGCAUGAAGAAAGUAUGUUUCAUGUCCGAUCCAUAACUCUGUCAUCCAUGAAGAAUGUACAAUUUCACUAAGCAUAAAUGGUCCCUGUAAUCAGACGAUGAAUUAUGCGCAACACCCAGAACCGUAGCUUAAAGGACAAGAUCACACUUGGAAAUCAAACGUCAAUAGGGAUAUUUUCCUCCAUGGUCCGUACCUCUGUCAUGCAAAACAGGAUUUAAAUGUCAGUUGGCACAAAUAUUCCUCUAGAUGAAACAACGUGUCAUGCGCAAAACACGGACCCGUAGCUGAAAUGUCAAGGUAACAAUUGGAGGUCAAAUGCCAGCAGGGAUUUCUUCCUGUCCGGUCUUUAACUCUACAAUCUUUAAAGGAAUUUUAGUAUUACUCGAAACAAAUGUACUCAAUUAUAAGACGAUGUGCCGUGCACAACACCCCCCAAAAAAUCCAGCUCAAAAGUCAAAGUCUCUCUUGGAGGUGAAAUGUCGAUAGGUUUUUAGUAUGCGUUCAUUUUAACUCUUAUCGAGUACGCAUUUCGUAUUUAUCCGUCAAAAGAUAACCGGCGUGUAUGCCGAGGAUCGCAUAAAUGCGCUAUCUGCCUGAUAGUACUGUAUGCCGCGUGACGUGGUUUUACGUUUGUAAGAGUACUAACGAUUGGACUGCUAUCAAAGUCAACCAAUGAAAUAUUUUACACUAAAGAUUUAUAAACCCGGAAACAAUCGAAACAAUCAAAAUAUUUAUUAUUUAAGCAUGUAUUUUCAAUAUACUCACCACUAAAUAUCGAAACUAGAAAGUUAUUUCUAGGUAUUGCCUGUUUUAUCUUCUCAUUCUAUUAUACUUAUAUGUCUUUCUUUUUGAUUCAGUAUUUUUAAUUUUAUUAAAUAAAGCAUAAUUCUGUUCUUUUAUAAUGUCAUUUGCUUUAAGGUUUAGCAAUAAAAGAUAUCUGAAUAAAUAUUAAAUAAUCAAAUAAGGGCUGUUUUUCUAUGUCAAAUCUUUCUUGAAUAUUGCAGUUUUCCAUAUUCGUGUUACUUCAGUAGCCUGUGAAACAAUUUUGCAAAUUAAAAUAGUAGUAAAUUUUAAAUUAUUGAAAAGAUCAUAAAUUGUAGUAUCAGAUGUGAACAUUUCAGUUUUAUUCAUCUGUUAUAAACAGAUGUUUGUCUCUAAUAUUGACCAAAGGAUGCCUAGAUCUUAUCGAUUAUUGAUUAUUAGUGAAAAUCCACAGGCAUACAAGGCAGAUGAAUUGAUAAGUGGCUCAGGAAUGUAUCGGAGAAUUGAUGCAAGUAAUUAAGCGGCGAUAUGAUUGCAUGUAUUAAUGAGUUAAUGAAACAGACGCAACCCACUAUCUCUAAUUAAAGGUCAAGGUCACUGUCGGAGAUAAAAUGUCAAUAGAUUAUUUUUUCUUUUCUGGUCCAUAACUCACAAAUGUUCCCCAUACUAAGACAAUGUGUCAUGUACAAUAUCCAGACCUCUAGCACAAAGGUCAAUGUCACACCCGAAGGUCAAAUUUCAAAAUUGAUCUUUCUUCCCCCAGUCUGUAAAAUAUUUUAUAUCAGCUCAUGUGUCAUAUGGACCCAAUUAAAAACUGAUGGUGUAUUUUCUUCAGAAUUACUUCCCUUUAAUAUGAUUUCUUACAUUUUUUCUCAUAUUUCCCACUAAUUUCAAAAUGAAAUGUUACCAAAAUUAGAAUUAGAUAUUCUGUGACAUCUGUGUAUGUUAUAAAACAGUCAACACCAGUUCCUGUAGAUUUUUGUACAUGCAAAUUUUAAUCCAAGCAUAGUGUUAUAACAUAUUGUAUAUAUAGUGCAAUAUUGUUCAUACAUCAUUGACAGAUAUCUGUUAAUUAUGUUAUAUUGCAGUAGAGAAAAUUAGGUGCCUUCCAGAUAGAGACCUUGUAUUGGCAUGGCAAUUGUUUGUCAAAAUUUUAUGAUAUUCUGGUAACUUCUCUUACACCAACAGGCAGAUUUCUACCAAACCUUAGACGAAUUAUCACUGCCAGGCCUAGUUAUAUAUUCAUCAGCAUGUUUCGGUUCAGUGAUUUUCGUCAGAGUUAUUGAUUUGAUAUAUUUAUAAUAUUUACAGUAUUUUUGCUACUUGCUGUAUACACUCAGGCUGAAUUUCAUUAAAAUUCACGAGUGAUUACUGUGAAUUUAGCUGUUCAUGUUAUCCUCAUGUUUUGAUUAUUAUGAUUUUCAGCGCAGUCACAUUCUUUUAUCUGUUCUAUUUCUCAUAUGCUACUGAUUGGAAUUCAACCAAACUCCACAGGAGUUUUCGCUGCAAGGCCUAUUUUUGUUACCGCUGGAAAGUUAUAAUUCGGUCGUUUUAGAUGGUCCUUUAUUUGUGGCAUUUUAAAGUUUCUGCAUAGUAAAUGGUGGGAAACAUUUUCCGUGAAAAUCAACUUCUAGUUUUAUUAUGAUGAUACCCUUGAAUAUACUCCUAUAAAAUAUUUUGUUAACGAUAAGGAAGUAAUUGUAUCAUCGUGUAGAUGUUGGUGUGUUUCUUAUUGCAAAUAAUUAGGAGAAAGUACAUGUUUAUAAGGCAUCCAUGGCAUGAUUUUGAGGAAUUAAGCUGAAAUCUGUGUUAUGUUAAGAUGACUGCUGAUAUCUUGUUAUAUAAAUUAAUAUGUUAAGAUGAUCUUAUUCCAAUUUUAAUAUAUUAACCAGACAUCUUUUAUCAUGUUAUUCUUUUUUAUCUGAAGUGUAACUAACUGAUAGACCAACAACUUCUGCCUAUGUUUGGACUGUUAAAUAAAUUGAUUAUGGUGAACGUUUAUUGUAAAGUACUGCACACUAUAAUUUCUGAAUAACAAGACUAGAAGUAUUAACGAAGAUCCCCAUCAUCCAAUCGGAUAAGCGAUUGUUCUUCAGUUGACUGGACAGGUGUGUGUGCGUGCGUGCGUGCGUGCGUAUGUGUAUGUGUAUGUUUUGUUUCGUUUUAAAAUAUUUAGAGGAAAUGCUAUCAAGCAACAAACCAAACAAAAGUAUUGCAGAUUUGUUGGUUUAUAAGUCUGAGAGAGCAAAUGAAAAUUGAUGAAACACUCAUUACGUCCACGGACGUAUGUGACCUAUUUUUCUGAACAGUAUUCCAGCUUUCCUUCCUUGUUAGCAAUGUCUGGUCAUUGAGUCUUGUUAUUGACUGGUGUAUUAUGUAUUUGAUACAUUCUGCUGAUAAUAAGGCUGUUAAACACAAUCUAUUUGUUUUCAUGUCUAUCUUAUUUUGAUAAGCUAGCUGAAAUUGUUAUAGCAAAGAUGACUGCUGAUAUAAUCAUAUAACUCAGUAUAUUUACAUGUUUUUUUUUUCCAUUUCUUGCAUACUAACCAGAAACCAUUAUCAUGUAUUUAUUAUAUGUUUUCUAUACCUAAAAAUUGACAAAUUGAUAGAACAAUAACUUCUGAUGGUUGUUAAAUACAGUGAUUAUUGUGAACGUUUAUUGUAACAAUUGCGUAGCAUAAUUUGUGGUGAAUAAAAGGACUAGAAGUAAUCACGAAUAUCCACAUAAUGCAAUCGAGUUUUGGGUUGUGAGAAACACUCAUGAUGUUCUCAGCACGGACAUAUGGGGAACCAAUUUCUAUGUUCUUUUUGUGUAUGACAUGAAGUGUCGUUGAGUUAAAAAAAAAGUUUGACUGAUCAAUUAUUACCUUAUUGAAUAUUGCUCAUUUAGCUGUUCUUUGAUUUCUUUUUAUUUCUUUACGUCUUUUUUUUCUUUCAACGUGUCUUAUAUAAGCUCAAUAACUAAGCUACAAAUUUAUUGUUUAUAUUUUUACGAGUAUACGUUAUACAGUCUAUCAACUUCCACAUUCUUAUUAAACACUUUAGUGAAUCUUCUAUUGAAAAAGAUUGAUUUUAGUAAAUAUGUUUUGAAAAAUGUUCCAAAUACGUAUGGUAUCUUUCUACUAUAUUCUACAUUUUUAUAAUAACAAAUUUUCGUUAAUUAUGACUAGUAGCAAUAAAUGACUUUCAGCUGACACUUAAAAGAAGACGCAAUUUAAGAAAACACGUUACUAAUAAGUUGAUAGGUCUGUGAUUUAUAUUCUGUGAUUCUAUUGGUAGCAUUGUCUUGUUCGUAUGACAUUAUUGUGUAUAAUUAACUUUAAACAUACUGUGUAAUCUAUCAAUUCAUGAGCAUAAAAUUUCAUGAUGUCGGCAAAAUGACCAUUUCGUUGGCACAUAAAUUCAUGAAUUUUAUAUGUUGGAUUGAUUCAAGACUAUUAAUGAUUUCACAAAUUAUGUUAAUGAAAUUUGUGUUUGAAUAUUCUUCAGUUUUGAUUUAGAUUAAAAUGCGUUGUGUUAAUAACCAUUAAUAAUAAAGAUGAGCGUGCUA